AAUAACAUUUAUAAUAAAAUAAGACGACAUGGAUCGUGCAUACAAUUCGGGAUACGUACUCAUAACGUUUAUGGUUAUGGUUAUGGUUACGGCCGCGGCUGGUCAGUUGCCUCGGCCACGGGUCGGGUUCUACUUGUCGAGCUGCCCGAACGUUGAGUCCAUAGUGCGUUCAGUGGUCCGGUCUCACCUGCAAUCGGACCGUCGGAUCGCACCGGGGAUAUUGCGUAUGCAUUUCCACGACUGCUUCGUCCGCGGCUGUGACGGCUCGGUCCUCAUCGCCGGUUCGAACUCCGAGAGAACAGCCGUGCCGAACCUCUCGUUGAGAGGGUUCGAAGUGAUAGACGACGCCAAGACUCAGCUCGAGGCAUCUUGUCCGAACACUGUCUCUUGUGCUGACAUCCUCGCCCUCGCUGCUCGUGACGUCGUCUUAUUGACCGGGGGGACAACGUGGGCGGUGCCACUGGGACGACUGGACGGGAGAAUCUCGCAGGCGUCGGACGUGAACUUGCCUGCCCCAUCCGACCCCGUCCCGGUUCAGAAGCAGGACUUCGCUGCUAAAAAUCUCAACACUCAAGAUCUCGUCACCCUCGUCGGCGGACACACACUAGGAACAGCAGGGUGCGGUGUGUUCAGGAACAGGUUCUUCAACUUCAACAACACCGGCAGCCCCGACCCAGCCAUCAACCCGACCUUCGUUCCACAGAUACAAUCUCAGUGUCCCCUCAACGGCGAUGCGACCGUGCGAGUGCCUCUCGACACUGGAAGCGUCGACAGAUUCGACACCUCCUUCUUACAGAACCUGAGGUCUGGCCGAGGAGUCUUAUUCUCGGACCAGGCCCUUUGGUCCGACCCCGAGACCCGAGCAAUCGUCGAGCGUUUCUUGGGUCUACGGCUACCGAUCCUUCUGUUCGGGCCGGAGUUCGGGAGGUCCAUGACCAAGAUGAGUCUCGUCGAGGUUAAGACGGGUUCUGACGGUGAAAUUCGUAGGGUUUGCUCCGCGGUUAAUUAGUGAUCGAGGGUCAAAGACUCCUUUUUAAGCGUGGGUUACGGUUAAGUGUAUAAUUAAGUUGCUUCGUGUGAAAUAAAAUGUCGGAAUCAGACAAUAAUCUGUGCACAGAGCUUGCAAUAAUUGUACUUGGUUUUGUU